AUGCCCCCAGAUCAUCCCCGCCGCAGCUCGCCGCUGAAAUCGAGGGUUCCCCACUUCUUCUCUUCCGCCGCCGUUGUUCUGGCUGUGCUUUUCUGCUGCUCGCUUGCUUCGGGUGAUGACAAACAUGCAUUGCUGGAGUUCAAAUCUGCCCUGACGAAAGACCCUCUAGGGCUUACCUCCACUUGGGACCCUAAAGAUCCCGACCCGUGUACCUGGCAUGGCGUUACCUGCGACUCCCUUUCCCGGCGAGUUACGGCUCUCCAGCUUUCCUCUCGCGCCGAGGGCUCCGCUUGUUCUCUGUUCUCGCUCUCGGCAAGCUCGACGACGGCUGCGAAUGGUAACUUCUCUCUGCUCUUCCCUUGUUUAGGAGUUAGCCUUGAUGUUCUGCCGAAAUUGGAAGGCAAAUUGUCGCCUAAGCUUGCCCAGCUGUCUCAGCUUAGGAUUCUGUCACUGUCGUUUAAUGGUUUGUCCGGGGAGCUGCCUCAGGAGAUUGGCCAACUUCAGUCGUUGGAAGUUCUUGACCUGGGGUUUAAUGCUUUUCAUGGCUCGAUACCGAUUGCCCUCCAGAAUUCUUCUUCCUUGCGUGUGAUUAAUCUGUCCGGGAAUCUGUUGAAUGGUACGAUUCCAGCAUUCUUUGAGCAAUUGAGGGGUCUGCAAGUCGUGGCAUUGUCUUUUAAUCUGUUGAGUGGUUCGAUCCCAGUGGAAUUAGGAGAUAAUUGUGGUAGCCUGGAGCAUCUCCUUCUUAAUGGUAAUUCGCUAACAGGUUCGAUACCUCUGAAUCUAGGAAGUUGCAGAGAGCUGCGCUCUUUGUUACUGUCUUCGAACUUGUUGCAAGAUGAUGUUCCUUCAACUCUUGGGAAUUUAACAAAUCUGGAAGUGCUUGAUUUGUCAAGAAACUUCUUGAGUGGAAACAUUCCUCCCGAGUUAGGAAACUGCGAACAGUUGAAGCUGCUUGUACUGAAAAAUACGUAUGGCCUUCUCUGGUCGAGGAGUCCUGCAAGUUCAAAUAUUGAGGAAGAAGAAAGAGGUGAGGGAGAGUUCAACUACUUCGAUGAAAACUUGCCCGAGAGCAUCUUAAAGCUCCCUAAUCUUCGUGUGCUAUGGGCACCAUACUUGAAUCUGGAGGGCCGCUUUCCCCAAAUUCUAGGUCCUUCAUGCAACUUGAAGAUGCUGAAUUUGGCUGGAAAUUAUUUUUCAGGAGGAAUACCAGUGUCCCUUGGUAAUUGUAAUGGCUUGACUUUUCUUGAUUUGAGCUCCAACAACUUUACUGGGCCACUUCCUUCAGAGUUCUCCGUCCCAUGCAUGAUUGUCUUCAAUGUUAGUCAUAACACUUUAUCUGGCGAUAUUCCAAGAUUCUCUAGCAGUCGCUGUGGAAAUGUGUCUAUUGACACGGUUGAGAAUGCACUUGGUUUCUACUCAUCCUUCUUUUAUGCCAAUGCUGUCAAGGGAAUUACAUCUUUCAGUUUUCCUUCUAGUGACUUGGCUGUUCUGCAUGAUCUGAGCAAUAACCUCUUCACGGGUCUAGUUCCUCCCCUAUUCAUUGCCUCAGAAAGCUUCCCUCGGAAACCUUUUUAUGGAUUUUGGUUGGCUGGUAAUAACCUUGGUGGCAAUAUUACUACUUUCUCGUUUGAGCCAUGUUCUAACUUGAAUGGCUUGGUUUUUGAUGUUGGGAACAAUAAAGUUGUUGGUGAAAUGCCUUCAGCCUUGGGAAGUAAUUGUAAAUGCCUGAAGUUUCUCAGUUUGGCAGUAAACAGUUUAAUUGGUUCAGUUCCUCCUAGCUUUGCUUAUCUUGAUUCUCUGGUGACUCUUAAUCUGAGCAGUAACAGACUGCAAGAUACCAUACCAUCCUAUUUAGGGCUGAUGAAAAACUUGAGGAUUCUGUCAGUAUCUAGCAACAAUUUUUCUGGGGUUAUACCAUUGGAAUUGGGCCAGCUGUCUGCACUAGAGGUUUUGGAUCUUUCUUCUAAUUCUUUGUCCGGCGAGAUACCUCCUGAUCUUUCGAAACUUGAACAUCUCAGUGUUCUGCGGUUAGAUCAUAAUCACCUUUCUGGGAAGAUACCCUCCGGAUUCAGCAACACAACAUCUCUGUUGGUACUUGAUGUGGCCUUCAACAAUCUAUAUGGACCCCUUCCCCUGAAUCCAAAUUUAGUCAAAUGCGACUAUUAUAGGGGAAAUCCUCAUCUUGAGCCAUGUCAUGGUGACACGUCAACCCCUGAAUGGGAGCAGGAACAUUCUGGCAAUGUGUCUCAGCAACAGGCUAAUACGCCCUCUGGAAGCAAACCUCCUAGGACGAGCACUCAUUUGAACCCGAUAGAAAUAUCCUCCAUCACAUCAGCCUCGGUCAUUGUUGCUGUCCUCAUUACUUUAGCUAUUGUGUUCUUCUGUUUGAGGAAGUUUUCCUUUUGUUCUACAUCGGGCCAGGGGUCAGGGGUAAAAGAGGUUAUAACCUUUAAUGAUAUUGGUGUGCAGCUGACAUAUGAAAAUGUUGUAAGGGCUACUGGGGGUUUCAAUAUUCAGUAUUGCAUUGGAAGUGGAGGGUUUGGAGCAACAUAUAAAGCUGAGAUUGUUCCUGGAGUUAUGGUGGCAGUCAAGCGGUUGUCAAUAGGGAGAUUCCAAGGAUUUCAACAAUUAAGUGCUGAGAUCAGAACUCUUGGAAGGGUGCAGCAUCCGAACCUCGUGAAGCUGAUAGGUUGUCAUGUUAGUGAGUCUGAAAUGUUUCUUAUAUACAACUACUUGCCAGGUGGCAAUCUUGAAAAGUUCAUCCAGGAGAGGUCCAGGAGAGCCGUGGAAUGGAGCAUGCUUCACAAAAUUGCCCUUGAUAUUGCCCGUGCCCUAGCUUAUUUGCACGAUGAGUGUGUGCCUAGAGUACUCCACCGUGAUAUCAAGCCGAGCAACAUAUUGCUGGACAAUAAGUUUAACGCAUAUCUUUCUGAUUUUGGUCUUGCUAGGCUCCUUGGUACUUCUGAGACCCAUGCUACAACUGAUGUGGCUGGGACUUUUGGAUAUGUUGCUCCUGAAUAUGCAAUGACAUGUCGUGUCUCUGACAAGGCUGAUGUGUACAGUUAUGGUGUUGUCCUUCUAGAAUUAAUGUCCGAUAAAAAAGCCCUGGAUCCUUCAUUCUCUUCCUUUGGUAAUGGCUUCAACAUCGUUGGCUGGGCAUGCAUGCUUCUUCGGCAGGGUCGAGCUUCUGAGUUUUUCAUGGCUGGGCUAUGGGAUUCUGGACCUCAUGAUGAUCUGAUUGAGAUUCUUCACUUAGGGGUUAUGUGUACUGGCGAAUCUUUUUCGUCUAGGCCUUCCAUGAGACAAGUGGCUCAGCGUUUGAAGAGGAUUCAGCCUCCACCAUCUUAA